UGGAUUAUCCAUCGCUCCAUGUGAGGGCGCAAAAGCAUCAAACUAACCAAGCGGCGGAACGUGAAGAAGAAUUGUGUGCCACUGAAUAAAUUCACAACACUUCUGGAAAGUGCUUGAAUAAUAGGUGAAAAUAAUGGAUAACAGAAGACUUUCAGUUGUGGUUCGUAGGCUGGAUCCAUCUAUGACCAUGCAGAAAUUUUCUCCACUGACUAAGGAGUGCGCUCCACUCAGCAGUGAAGAUUCCGAUGCAGAUCCUGAAGUUGCUACACUGCCUCAAGGCCAAACCACUCGCAGGAGGGUGAAGAUAACCCAGGGAGGCAGAAGGAGGAGGAAGAGGAAAGGAUGGCACAGCAAUGAAGAGGAAAAGCAAGAGUCGUCGUCUCAGGAGAAAGUCCAGCAGAACUCUGGCAGCUAUGGUGGUGAGGCGGAGAGCAAGUCUGUGGCAAAGAAGAGUGGGCCUCGUGGCCGCCCCCCUGCCUCCAAGGUGGCCCAUGCAGACCCUCAUAAUAGAGAAGAGAGGCGAUCCAGGAGAGGCAGCGAAUCGGAUAACCAGGUUGGUGGCGAGGGGCUUAAUGGACAGCAGCACAACCAUUCAAACAGUGAUGAAGACCGGAGGGAAGAGCCAGCGAAAGAGAACCAGAAAAGAAAGCAGAAGCAGAAGACAGGGAGGAAGCAACACAACAAAGAGGCCAUAAGUGAUGGCGAAGACAGGGAAAGCGAUGAGAAAAAGAAAGAUAAGGACUGUGACGCUGAGGGAGAGGCGGAUGAUGAUGAGCGGAGAGACAGAGAGGAAGAGAGUGGAUCAGAGAUGGUCUCUCCAAGUGGUCUGUUGCGGCUGAAGAAACAUGCACGUAAGGCAAGUGCGAGGAAACAGAGUAGUAAAAAUACUGAAGAGGAUAUAAACAAUAGUGAGGAAAAUGAGAAAGAUAAAGAUGAGGAGGCUGCAGAAGAAGCAGAUGAGCAUAGUGAUGGAUGGGAAGAGAGUGGAUCAGAGGAAAUGAUUUCUCCAAGUGGUCGGCGUGCACAAAAGAAGCGAGUCCAGAAGUCAAGUACGAGGAAACGGAGAAGUAAACAGACACAAGAGGAUAGAAGUGAUAGUGAGGGAAGUGAAAAGAAUGAGGACAAGAAUGGGAAUGACAAAGGAAGGGAUGCUGAUGAGCGGAGCACACAUGGAGAUGAAGAGAGUGAAUCAGAGAAAAUGGUGUCUCCGAGCGGUCUGUGGCGGUUGAAGAAACAUGUCAGGAAGACAAGUGUGAGGAAACAGAAGAAAAAACUGGUCAAAGAGGACAUAAGUGAUGUUGAGGAAAGUGAAAAGGAUGAGGACGAGAAAGAUAAGGAAUGGGAUGCUGAGGAAGAGGCAGGUGCUGAUGUGCGUAGCGAUGGAGGAGAAGAGAGUGGAGCGGAUGAAAUGGUGUCUCCAAGCGGUCGGGGGCGGUUGAAGAAGCGCAUUCGUAAGCCAAGUACAAGGAAACCCAAGAAGGACUCAGACCAACGCAGCCCUAUAAAGCGCAAACGACGCCCAAAGAAACGUGCCACCAGUGAUGGAGCAGACAGUAAUGGCGAGGAGGAAAAUGAGAAUCCUUUAGAGAACAAGGCAGGGGAUCCAUCAGGGCAGGGCGAGAAGAAGUCAGGGAAACAGAAAAGGAACAGGAAAAAAGGAACAGCAAACGCUGGGGACUCGGCGAAGAAGCCAAAGAAGUCAUUGGAGAAGUGUAUCUGCGAGACCUGUGGUCACGUGGCCAGGAGUUACGAGGCCCUGGAGCGCCACCGCAACAGACACACGCGCCCUAACGGCCCCACUCUGUGUGAGGUCUGUGGCCUUCUGGUGAGGUGUCGAGCGGCCAUGGAGCGCCACCGCCUCACACACACUGGUGAGAAGCCAUUCGAGUGUGAGGAGUGUGGCAGGUGCUUUAACACGGCACAGUACCUGCGAACCCACAUGCUGGACCACAAAGAGGGCGGCAGGGCGCACUUGUGCAAUGUGUGCGGACUGCGCUUCACCCACUUGUCCUACCUUACUCGUCACAUGAUGCGCCACAAGGGCGACAAGCCACAUUCCUGUCCCCAUUGUGGCAAGGCCUUUGUGCAGAAGUACCACUUGGAGCGCCACAAGCUCACUCACGAGCCGCAUCCCUGCUCGGUGUGUGGUCAGAUCUUUAAGCGGAAUCAUAUUCUGCUGGCACACGUAAAGAAAGAGCACCCAGGUGAGACAGAGGCGGAGGCGGAGGCUUUGGAAAGGGCCAGACACAAGGUGCAGUGUGGGGAAUGCGGAAAAUGGCUGCCAGGAGUGUCCACGCUACAGGUGCAUAUGCGCGUUCAUUCAGGGGAGAAGCCGUACAGCUGCCAUGAAUGUGACCGCAGCUUUGCAACGGUCAGCCAGCUGAACUCACACAAGCGUGUUCACACAGGAGAGAAACCGUAUGUGUGUCCUCUUUGCCUGAAGUCCUUCACCCGUAGCACACACAUGAACGACCACAUUAAGAACAUUCAUAUGCAAGGGGAACCAGACUUAACUGGACACUGGGAGUCCUAAGCUUGGGGCAACCAUACAGUAGAGUGCCUAACACAACUAGACUGGCACCAAGACAUGGAGUCGAACCCAGACGUACAGCCCCAGGCCAAAUUAUUAGAAUAUCAUGAAAAGUUGAUGAACUUCCAUAAUUCCAUCAAUAAUGUUAAACUUUCAUGGAAUAUAGAUUCAUUGCCCACAUUUUGAACUAUUCCAAUCAUUCUUUUUCUUUUUUUUUUAAACACAUUUUGGGAAGCCCAGAUUUCCUUUGCUGUCAGCUGCUUUUGUUUGUUGAUCUGGUGUCCCACAUUUCACUCUUCAAUAUACCCUGUAGAUUUCCAUGACACAUUUUGGUGCUUUGGUGGUAUGGACAUUCUAACUCACCAGAAAUAAAACCCCAUUGAAAAUGAAUAGGGUUGUAUUUGGCCUGGAGCUGUAAUUCGGACAUGUAUGGAACAUUAUUGCACACACAUACAAACACAAAGCCAGAGACAAACACAGAUGCCAAAAUUCAUCUUCAGUGCACAGCCAAAGCCUGACGCAUGCACGCACACACGCACGCGCACACAAACAAGCACACAAUUUAAACGAAUAACUUCUGGUAUGGUUUGUUUUUAUCCUGACUCCUCUUCAUGGUUUUGUGGAACAUUUUUCAUAUUAUGUUGUUCAUGCAUUAAAUGUGUUUUUCAUA